UAUUCAUGCGCCGGAACAGUAAAGCUUCUGAAUGCUGAUGUGUUUAAAGAAAUGUCGGUGCCCAGUUAGAUGCUUUUUUGUUUUUUUGAUGGUGGAGCGUGACGAGCUGUGGAGACGGUGGGGAAUCAGAAGACGCUGCGGAAGAGAUUAACAGCAGAGAGAUCAUGGCGCCCAAAGGUAAAGUUGGCACAAAGGGCAAGAAGCAGAUCUAUGAGGAGAACAAUGCAACACUCAAGUUUUACACCAGAGUCAUCCUUGGAGCUAAUGUGAUAUAUAUUACUGUCAAUUUCCUGGUUUUCUACAGUUCGUCUUCAUUCUGGACAGGGCUGUUGCUGCUGUUUGCGCUUGCUAUUUACAUCGGGAGUUACCGCUCCAUGUCAGCCAUGGCCAAACCAGUGUUUGCUGAAGAUGGAAGUCUGCUGGACGGCGGGAUAGACCUAAAUAUGGAGCAGGGGAUGGCAGAGCACCUUAAAGAUGUCAUUCUGCUCACCGCCAUAGUGCAGGUUCUCAGCACAAUCUCCCUUUACUUCUGGUAUCUGUGGCUGCUGGCCCCAGCCCGUGCCCUCCACCUGCUGUGGGUGAACUUCUUGGGUCCCUGGUUUAUGGCAGAAAGUCCGUCAGCACCAGAGGAAGUAAAUGAGAAGAAGCAGAGAAGACAGGAGCGCAGACAGAUGAAGAAAUUCUGAUGCUGCAGAGCUGCUGGAACAGUAUUUUUUAUAUGCAGAAUCUAGCACACAGAAGAAGAGCUCAUAAGUUAUUCAAGAAGAAAAAAAAAACAUUCUUAAUAAGUGUAAAUGAGAUGCUAUGGAAUCUUGUUUCCUUUGUUUUUCUGUCUACUCUCUUCUGUAAUUCAAAUUUCCCUCCAAAUGAUGAAAUCAAACGUUUCCUAUUUAGAUGAUGUUACCAUCCAAAUACCAAUUUGUCUGCAUGAAAAGUAUUUUAAGCUUUGAUUUUCAUCAUUGCUGCCCCCAAUAGACUUUUUUUGUGUUUACACACAAAAUCUUUACACAUUGACUGUUCUCAUACCUUCUACCUUUAAAAAGUGGGUCAAGUGUCCCCCUAUUAACGCUCAGUCCAGAGACUUGUUUCUCAUAUGCUUAAUCCUUGUAAAAAAAUUUCAAUAAAAUGUUUUAAUAGGGAAAAAAUGGGAACAAUUUUGCAAUAAAAGCGUCUUUCUUGUU